AUGCCUCGAUCUACUCACUACCGUAGCAGCCGCAGCACUGCAGUCAACACACCUUGUAACACAGGUCGUACCGUAAUUGCGGGAAACGGCGGUGCUAACCCCGUCUAUGAUGACAUGCUCCAAGAUGCCGAGAACCUCCAGUCACUUCUCGAGGAGGCGGAGCAGGGUCUCAGUCGCAUCCGCACCGGUAUCACCGGCCUCGUCGUCUCAGGCGCUGCCAUGGACAGCAGCGUGCUCGACUUGCCUCAGGCCAGCAUUGCCUGCCUUCUGUUGGCAAUCAUAACCCUCCAGCUCGACAUGAGGGAUCAGAUUCGGGAGCAAGAAGCAGCAAGCGACUGUCCCGCUAUCGAAUUGUUCCAUAAUAUAUCAUCCAGGUUGGACAACAUCGAACGAUAUAUCCUGCUUACGGCUGACGCUAGCUAUGAUCUGGAAGAAAAUACCAACCUACUCUUGGCGGAUCCGUCGGACGAGCGUCAAAGGACUGAGUUUGAGGAGCUCGUUGGCGAGUUUACCAUAUACGUGCCUGGGAUCAUGCCCUCAACGCCUUCUUUAUAA